UUGUCUCCCUCCUUCAUUUCUCUCUCUAUACUAUGCCAUUUUCACACACAGCACACACAGGUCACUUCUCAAACUCAAUAAAUGUGGAAGCUUUGAUUUGGAAACGUGGAACUGCAGGCCACCGUCUCUGCUAAAGGUGGCGCAGUCAGUGAAGAAAAAGAAACGAUUCGCCAUAGAAAAGAAAGGGAUGGGUCAGAAGCUGAGUUGCAGAGGGAGCCAUGAACAUGGACUCUUCCGUGCUGUGCAGCAUGGGGACCUUGAAACUGUUGCAACUUUGUUACAGACACACCCAACUCUUAUGCAUCACACCACUGUCUAUGAUAACCACUCUGCUCUUCAUAUUGCUGCUGCUAAUGGCCAGAUCCAGAUUAUAUCUAGGCUUUUGGAUGGAUCUGUGAAUCCAGAUGUGUUGAAUCGCCAAAAGCAGACUCCGCUUAUGUUGGCAGCAAUGCAUGGAAAGAUCGCCUGUGUGGAAAAGCUCCUUGAAGCUGGUGCUAAUGUAUUAAUGUUUGAUGCUCGUUAUGGAAGAACCUGCUUGCACUAUGCUGCCUACUAUGGACAUUCUUCUUGUGUUAAGGCAAUUCUUUCUGCUGCUCAAUCUAGUACAGUGGCUGCUUCUUGGGGUUUUCCUCGGUUUGUGAAUGUUAGAGAUGGUAAGGGUGCAACACCAUUGCAUUUGGCAGCACGUCAAAGACGGCCUGAAUGUGUACAUAUUCUAUUGGACAGUGGAGCCCUUGUUUGUGCUUCAACUGGCAGAUACGGCUGUCCUGGGAGCACUCCUCUUCAUCUAGCUGCCCGAGGGGGUUCUCUGGAUUGCAUCCGGGAAUUGUUGGCAUGGGGUGCAGAUCGUCUUCAACGUGAUGCAUCUGGGCGGAUACCAUAUGUAGUUGCUCUGAAACACAGACAUGGCGAAUGUGCAGCAUUGCUAAAUCUUUCAUCUGCAGAGCCUCUUGUCUGGCCAUCAUCUUUGAAGGUCAUCAGUGAGCUUAAUCCAGAGGCCAAAGCUUUAUUAGAGCGGGCUUUGAUGGAUGCAAACAGGGAAAGGGAGAAAAACAUAUUGAAAGGGAGUUCUCGCUCUCUUCCAUCUUCUUCACACUCUGAUGGGGUAGAUGACAAUAUCUCUGAGGUUAGUGAGACGGAAUUAUGCUGCAUCUGCUUUGAGCAGGUGUGUACAAUUGAAGUCCAAGACUGUGGCCACCAGAUGUGUGCACAAUGCACACUAGCCCUCUGCUGCCACAAAAAGCCCAACCCUUCUACUGCUUGUCUUACCCCACCAGUUUGUCCAUUCUGCCGAAGCACCAUAGUUAGACUCGUGGUUGUCAAGGUAGAAAGUGAUGAUGACAUUGAUCUAGAUGGUGUUGAUAUUAGUUGUUCCAAGCUAAGCAACUCAAGGAAAUCCAGAAACUUGAAUGAGGGAGGUAGCAGCAGCUUCAAGGGAUUACCCAGUGUGGGUUCAUUUGGAAAAAUGGGUGGCCGAAGUUCUGGAAGAAUUGCUGCUGAAAAUAAGUGGGUUGAUAAUAAACCACAGUAAUGCUGAUGGCUGGUGUGGUAUAUGUUCUUAUUGAUAGUAAUUGCAUAUUGGUAAGAUGUGGUAACCAGUUGCUUGACCUGCAAGGCAAAAUGAAAGUGUAACAGGAGUUUAAUGUAAUGUUGGGAACUAAGCAAAUUGUGGUUGGGGAAAGAGGCGUAUGUCAUGUUGUAAAUUGUAAUAUUAUUAUUACUUGGGAAAGAAGAAGCAUCCCCUGCAUCGAUGAUUUUGGGCGUGGUCAAUUAUAGUAUUUGUAAUCCAGUGAAGUGAGAAGUUCUUUUUCUCAUUAAUAGAAGUCUAA